AUGAACAGUAUCAAAUACUGUGGUCAUUCCACUUUGCUAAAACAAACAGAACACAAGCUUAUCAUUCCUGAUAGCAAACAUUACUUUCUUCAGAAAUUUGGGCAUGACCACCGCUUAUAUGCGCGCAUGACCAGAUUCAUGACUGGGCAUUUUCCUCAUGGAGAAUUCCGUAAUAAAAUGAAUCUUGAAGGCAGUCGAAUGUGUUUAUGCACAAAUGCCUAUGAGACAAGAGAUCAUAUCUUGUAUGAAUGCCCAUACUGGAUAAGAAAAAGCAAUAUCAAACCACCUAAACGUGCACCUGAUCAAACUCGACAAGAGCUGAUUUCAGCAGGAAAACAGCUUGAGCUCCAAAACAAGGAGCAGGUAGUCAAAAUUGAUGACACACAUGAAUUCCUGUUGCUCAAUCCACUUGUUGGAACCUUUGAGUGGCAGGACUUGAUGGAACACAUGCAAACAGAUGUGUUUCCACUGUGGGAUGCCAAUACCUCAGAUUGGAAGUACCACAUUGUCAACAUUGUGUUUGAUAUAAUUGUGCUACAAAGGCCAAUGCUCUACAAUGAAUACAAAUGGGCUACUUGCAAAGACAAGUGCCCAACACCAUUCUUACAAUGGCUAAAUAGCAGAACACAAUGGCCUAUCAAACACAUAUGGGCCAAGUACCGAGAACACCAUCCUGAAGAACACCAACUGUUCUGGGAUGUCACACCAGACUGGCUACAGUCAGUUCUUGUUGCAGCCCAUGUCCCUCUCAAAAUGGAAGUCACACAAUAUGGCAAUGACAGUAAAGAAUCUAAAACACUCAUUCAUGUGGAUGAUCUGUCAUUUUCUGACUAUGCGGGAUCUCCCGCCCCCGUUUUCAGACAUUAUUGUCUGAAUCCGACUGGGAGGAGGUAG